AUGCACGGCGGCCGGCGAGGCUCUCAGCGGACAGGCGACGGCGCUGCAGCGGCAGCGGAGCAGGCAAUCGAGGGAGGCACGGCGGCGGCAGGUGAAGAAUGGACGUGGGUGCAGUGCAGGCGGUCUGGAGAGGGAGAGGAGAGAUCGAGGAGAGAUCGACUCGAGGCGGAUGGGAAAAGACGUCGGGCCCUGGGGGUGGUGAGAAGGGGAAGGAAACGGGCGCGAGGGCUGGUUUGGCAGCGGACGGAGCGCCGGGCGGCCAGGGCACGCUUUCACUCAGCCGGCCUGCACCACGCUAUCCUGGCGCUGUUUGGCCGGCCCUGGCUGCACCGCUGCGCUCCUCUGCCUGCUGCGCGACUCCCUGCCCGCGCCCGUCUCCGCCAGUCUCCGCCGUGCUCCUUGUGCCAUCAUGGCCAUGGGCCGGUGGGCCAGGUCGACCAUGUCCACUUGUUUGUUGUACCUGCAGCGCCUGCCGUCCCAAAGCAGCCGGCGCCCGAAAUAACAGCCCAAAAAGCACGCGCGGCGAAUCGGGCAGGUGCAGCCUGUGCAUUGCUGGACGCUGCCCUCACUCAUGCCAUGGCCGACUUCCUCACCGCUGCUGUCGUCGACUCCUCCAAACUGCCGUCCACCCGGACCCCCAACCUGACAGCAAUCGCGCCAGGGCUCGCGCGCUGGCUAUCCGGCCUGAAUUUUGUGCCUGGUACCGCCUAUCAACACAAACUCUACGCUCGCGCCACAUUAUGCUCCGCUCUCGUCUCCACAGCAAAUGAACGGUUCGCAUUCGGCCUGACCCCUUGUUGUGCACGACGGCAUCUGCCCUCGACAAUAAUGUCUGCUAUUGACCCUUUUGCUGCUGAGCGUCGUCAUCAACCCUGCGAGCCUUUCUGUCAUUGA